AUGGCAUCUCGCAAGUUGUGCGUUCUCGAAGCUGUUCUAUUCAUUCCGUUCUUUAUCCGACUUGCUUCGGAUGGGAAAGCGCUGGGUGGGCGUACAGAGGCAUGCGCGAGUGCCUCAAAUGAACGUUUUAUUGCUGACACGGACUCUCGGUUCAAGCUGGGAACAUCGAUCGGGGGUGUUUGUGUACUAUGUGCUACUGGUGCACAUGGUUCUCCAGAUGCCGCUUCAGUGUGUGACUGCGUUGGACUUCGUUCCGGGGUGGAUUGUUCUGAUUCAUUCACACGAUCGGCCCUCUUAGGAUAA